CCCCCCCCCAUACUACUCAUUAUAAUACUACAUUACACUACACACAAUCACUUACUGUGUACAUAAUGUGUGUUUGUAUGUUUUCAGUGGAUGUUGUUUACAUUCGUCAUGUUACCGCCGCCUUUCAAUCAGUGGGCGGAGUUAACGUUCAGCUAACUGCGAGGAUGAACAGACAGGAAGUGACCCAAGUCCUUCACAGGAUGUUCCUCAGUGUGUCACAGCAACUUGGAGGUGAUGUGAGCGUGGAGGCUACAGAGGAGAUGUGCAGCGUGAUGUUCACGCUAUGCGAGCGCUCCGGAGGUCAGGAUGUUUCAGCUGCGUCUCUCCAAACUGCUCUGAUCGCUCUGUCAGCUGAUACACUGAACAACAAAUACAGAGCUCUGGUGAGUGUUGCUGAGAAAAGUUCAGGAUCUGUCAGCAGGGCUGGACUCCGGUCAUUACUGCAGGACCUCAGUCAGGUCCCUGCGGCAGUGCAGGAGGAAGGAGUUUUCGGCAGCGUGGAGGCGGCGGUGAGGUCGUGUUUUAACAGGGUGUUGAGUCCUACUGCAGGUGAAGAUCACCUGUUGUCAUGGCUGCAAAGUGAGCCUCGCCUGUUGCUAUGGUUACCCACUCUUUAUCGCCUGUAUGUUACUCAAAAUGUCAGACACACUGUCCGUUGCCACACCUGCAAGACCCAACCUAUCACUGGCCUCAGGUAUCGUUGUAUGAAGUGUCUAAAUGUCCACAUGUGUCAGGGCUGCUUCCUGACUGACCGACAGACGAGGAAGCACAAAACUCACCAUCCAGUGCUCGAGUUCUGCACACAGCCCACCUGGAGAGAGUCUUAUUCCUCAUUGGUACAAAGUGCUCGUCAUGCCCUGUUGCCUCGACGAUACACUCAGAGGGAGACAGACAGACGGAGAGCCCUGAUGUGGGUGGAGCCAGGGGAAACUACAAACAGAGUUCCGCCCCCCUCUGACCCCUUGACACAAUUGGCGAACUUAACCACCAGUCACAGUCUGUCCUUUGACAGAGAUGUUUCCCAUAAUGCCACAGUACAACCUCCCUCCUACUCCUCUUCAUCCAAAGCUCUGCGGACUGACAAGGACACACCCACUCAGCAGAAGGAGACGUCGGCUUUAAAAACUGAAGUUAAGAACCUCCAGAGAGACAAAUGGUUGUUGGAGCAGCAGCUACAGGCCUGGCAGCUCACUGUUCAGUCAGACCAGAGCAUCCUGGAGGACAGGUGCACUGACAUGGAGGUUACCAUGGAAACAAUGAGAGAACAAAACCUCAAGCUGCAGGGCAUGCUCACACAGGCUCUGGACAAGAUGGAGGCUCAGCAGCAUGCCAGCAACACACCAAGCAUCUUCAUGAAUAGAAACGCAGAAGAAGAAAAAGAGGACGAGGAGGAGGAACAGGAAUGGUCACUUGUGAUCGAGGACAAGUGGCAGAAGGAUGAACAACCAACUCAAUCUCCCACAAUGCACAGGGACACACCUCUGUCACUUCAACGCCACUAUGAAGAGAAAGGGGAGGAGUCUGAAGAGGAUCAGUUGCUUUGUCUGUUAAAAGAGGAUGGAGCAGAAGAGGUGGAGUCCCAGGAAGAGGACACCUGUCUGUGUGGAGAAGAGGAGGAUGGUGGGACAUGUAGUGCAGAGGAGGAGCUUCUGCAGGAUACUGUGGAGAGACUGAGGACUGUACUGCAGGCAGACAGGUGUAGACAAAGACACACAGGUGACAGAAAGGGGGCGUGUCUUCUGGAGUCUGCAGAUCAGGUGGGAGACUCAAUACGCCACCUGGUGGAUGCUGUGAGAACAAACAGUAAAAGAAGUUGACCAGGUGAUGCAUGUUUAGGUUAUAAAAAAGACUUUUUAAUCAUAUUUAAGUAACUUGUAUAAAAAACAUAUGAAACUUGAACAAUCUGAAACAAAAUGGCACCAGAGGCCUUCUCACCUGGCUGACAGGUGUGCAACUCUAAGGACGUGAUUCAGGUUGAAUUUUCUAUUUGUGUGCACACGAUGAUGUUUGUGUUUUAAUGAGUAAUAACUUUGAAUUACUGUUCCUGAUAGAUAAAUAUAAAAAUAAACAAACAAAUCUUU